AUGUCGUCGAAGCGCAAAGUGCUCUUGAUGGGCAAAAGUGGCUCCGGAAAGACGUCGAUGCGGUCGAUCAUUUUCGCCAAUUACAUCGCCCGUGACUGCUCGCGUCUCGGACCGACCAUCGAAGUGGAGCACGCGCACGUCAGGUUCCUUGGAAACAUGGUUCUGCAUCUGUGGGACUGCGGAGGCCAAGAGUCGUUCAUGGAGAACUUCCUUGUUUCGCAGAAAGACCAGAUCUUCAAGAACGUGCAGGUGCUGAUAUAUGUGUUCGACGUAGAGAGCCGUGAAUUCGACAAGGAUCUCAGAUACUAUCAGUCCUGCCUUGAGGCUCUUCUCCAGAACUCGCCGAAUGCACAGGUGUUCUGCCUGAUUCACAAGAUGGAUUUGAUCGAAGAGGACAAGAGAGAUGAGGUAUGCUAAGAAAACAAGUUCUCAAAUGCAGUUCCCGUUUACAGACGUUCAAAAGACGAGAGGCCGAAGUGAUGAGAUACAGUGAAUUGGCGGCCACUCCUCUUCAGAGCGAGCGUCCGAUCGCCGUCUGCCAGUGCUUCAAAAGUAGCAUUUGGGACGAGACUCUCUACAAAGCGUGGUCGGCCAUAGUCUAUCAUCUGGUGCCGAACGUCGGCACAGUCGAAGACAAACUCAUGAAGUUCGGGGCGAUUCUCGACGCCGACGAGGUUAUUCUGUUCGAAAGAGCCACUUUCCUGGUGAUCGCUCAUGCCGUGCUCCGCGAACACAAGGAUCCGCAUCGCUUCGAGAAAGUGUCCAACAUCAUAAAACAGUUCAAACUGUCGUGCACGUGAGUUCAAGAGACUGGGAAAUGGAAAGCGUCGGUUGUUGUUUCAGUAAGAUGGGCUCAAAGCUCGACUCGAUCCAAGUGCGCAACAGCCAGUUUUCCGCUUUCAUCGACUCGUUCACUCAGAACACAUACGUCAUGGUAGAGAGUAUUCACGCUUUCAUAAUUUAUAUAUCUCUGCAGAUUGUGGUCCCCGACGGCAACGCAUCCGGUCCGAUGAUUACGAUGAACAUAAAGAAUGCGAGAAAGGUGUUCGAAGCGAUCGAAACGAAGCAGUAA